AUGUAUUUAUUUAUUUUAGUUUUAUUAACGACCGUUGGAGUGUCAAAAAGUCGCCCAACAUUUAUUGAUUCAAUUCCAAUAGUAUCACAAGCAAAAUUUUUAUUUUUAUAUGCAAUUGGUGAAAAAGCUCAAGCUCAAGAAAGUUGGAAUAAUUUUAAAAAUAUAACACAUUUAUGGGAAAAUGUUAAACAUAUAGAUGAAAGUAUACCUGUCGUUGGACACAUUGAAGCAGCAAUAUUUGAGUUGAAUGGUGAUACAGAACGAGCUAAAGAAAUAUUUGCAUCAGCUAAUAAAGGAUCAUUUAUUCUGGGUGGUAUUAUAUUAUGUGGUCCGGCUGGUGCUGUCGCAGGAAGUUUAACAGGUGACACUUUUAACUCAGUUGUGCUACAAAAACCAAUGGGAAUAAUUGACAACGUCGUGCACUUCAAGGAAAUACCAGCGAGUCAACAUGUUGAUGCUGUGUUAGAAUUAACAUUAGCCGCAGCAAUGGCUAAAGGUGUAAGAACAGGAAAAAACAUGGAUCCUAUACAUACCACUGUUAAUCUUGAAAUGAAAUUAGCUGAUACAAAAAAUGGUGUUACUAAACGUGUCAGGUUUGAUGAAAAUUUAAAUACAAUUCAUGAAAUACCAGAGGCACCACUUGGAAUUAGACGAACGUCAUUUGAAGAAACACCGAUUAGACGACAACAGUAUCAGAGACGAACUGAAACGAUUGACGAGCAAACACCACUACUGUCUAGGCUUGAACGGGAAUACGAGUCUCUUCCGCAAGUUGAGCGAUCCAAAAUGAGUUUUACCGACUAUUUUAUUUCAUUUGUUAAUAAAAUUAAUGAAGUCAAUCAAAAAAUCAUGGAUGCACAAAUGGGCUAA